AUGGAGAGAGGGAUAAUCCGUAAUCGGGGAAGGAAGAGAUCAGGGAAAGUCGGAACGGCGAUUAGGUGCCUAACUGAAAUAGCUCAGAACUUGACUCAAGCUAUGACAACUCAGGUAACUCGCAAUAGUAAUAUUGAAAACUUUGGUGAUGUCUUUAAGAAAGUAGCAACUAGUAAACCACCUACCUAUGAUGGAAAGGAAGACCCUGCAAAUCUAGAAAACUGGUUUAGAGAAUUUGACAAACUUUUUGAUGCUAUCAAUUGCCCUGAGCAUCUAAAAAUCAAUAAUGCUGCGUACUAUCUAAGGGAAGAAGCUGACCUAUGGUGGUCACAACGAAAGAAAGACUUAAUGGCCAAACCUGAUUUUGAUUGGGAAACCAUGAAAGAAGCUUUGAGAGCUAAGUUUUACCCUCCCUACCUAAAGAAGCAUAAAUGCCUAGAAUUUACAACCCUUAGAAUGGGCACCAUGACUGUGAAUUAA